AUGACACCAGAGCAGGUCAGGCAGGCGCUGGCUUUCGUUGAUGGCAGUGCUGUCACCGAACUCCGUGACUGGGAAAACUCGGCAAGAGGAAGAAAACCCGGACCUAUAUUUGAGUCCUAUCUCCGCAAAGUCGGACUCGGCCUGUUGGAGAUAUAUCGAAGCGAAGGAUCAGAUGCUGUGGUGCGCUUCGUCUUUCCAUCAGUGGAGGGCAGCUUGCGACGCACACGCAUCUCAAAGUCAAUCGAGCCCUCAGAUUGGGAAGCGCAAAGUCAUUAUGCACUCCUUAAGCUAUGCCUUGGGGCAUUGAAGAAUUGCUGGAACAGCAAGAACCCCUUUCCGUUCUUGGAAUACGCCUGGGAACACUGGGUUUACCAUGCAAGGCAGAGUGAAAGGGUCAUGGACGCUCUGUACAAGAUGCCAAAUUUCGUGGAUUCCUGCGUGCCCAAAAGUGCGGCAAUAGCCGUCGAGAGGCAUCUGAUGUUGCUCAAACAAUGCAGCUUGAAGGCGACAAACUUCAUCUUUCGAGCAGAAGAGCUCGCCACAACGCUACUGAAGAAGGACGACGGCAUGUUGGUUCUCUUCGCGACCCAUGGAUGCACCGAAUUGCUGAAGCGACAUCUGGAUGUUUGCGUUUCUUGUCGAAAAGUACCGCAUCACUUACACGAUGGUCCCUUUCAAAGAGCACUAGACAACGCGGUAAGCACUGGCUGUAACAAAACGGCCAAAUGGCUUGCAGAAAAUUGUGAGAGUGCGGGUAUUAAUGCUCUUCGUAUGGGCAGCACUACGCGAUAUCAUGCCGGUUACUAUGGAGCAACAGAGGUAGUGACUGUACUACUCCGUAAAGGCGCAGAUAUGUUAGCGCCUUCGAAGGCUCCAUACCGUUUCCCUCUUCAUAUGUCGGUUGAGAUUGGCCGCAGAGAUCUACUCUGUCAGCUCCUCGGACAUAACGCCAACGCUGACGUUUUCCAAGCCCAGUGUGGACAGGGGAAGACAGUUCUUCAUGCCGCUUUAGAAUGUCGUCGAAAGGGUGAGACUGUAAGGGCCCUGCUGGACAGAAUGCCUAGUGGGGUCUUGGAGAAGCUGUUGACCAUGAAAACCAAGGAAGGAAACACUCUACUCGACAUGAUUGAAGCAAUGCGACAAAAAGGUGAUACUGCAGUGGAUGACAUCGAAGACGACCUUGCUGUGAAACGGGCGCAGGACGCAGACGAGAGGGAGCAAUUAGAACAGGAGGCGCGGAUGCGAGCGGAAGAGACGAAGACAGAUAUGCAAGUGCAAUCCAUGUGGAGCCACCUUUUCGAUAAGAUCUCGUCCACUGUUGUCUCAGAAGAGGAGAUUGUUUACCCGGUCGGCGCAUUUUGGGACUAA